AUGGACUCUAUUACAAAGGUGGAUUGUAAGAAGAGACUUCGCCCAAUUAGUAGAGGAGCGAGUGGAGAGAAACUAUCCUUGUACUCUCCAAGUGCCAUAGGGAAGCCACUCUAUGUUGAUUCACUCACUACAUCAAAAAGAAGGCUAAGUCAUGCUAGAAUCUGCACUGAG